GUCAAAUCUCCACUUUCCACCCCAGCCCGCCAGCCUGCUUUCCCACAUCCUCUGCAGGGCAGUUAAAGUGCUUUUUCUCUUCUACGUCUAUCCUUUUCUUUUUCUCACCGAGACUUGAGUGUGUGGUUGUAUGUGUGCUUUCGUUUUAUUUUAUUUUUUGCUCUCUCUUUUCUCUACUUCCUCUCUUCCAAAUUCUCGUCCACUCGAUGAUACUGUUUUGAGGAGCUUCAAAAACCGUAUGCUGUAUUCCCGGUCUUAUUGGUCAACUUGUGUCUGGGUAUCGUGGUUUGGUCUUGUGUGUCAGGGGCACCGCACCGUCGAGGUCUAGUCUCAUCGGGUCCAACUAGCUCUAGUAUGCGUCUUUGAACGCCGACUUGGACAAGACAACGAUUUGACCGGCACGAUCACCCAAAACACAUACAGAGCAUACACUCCAGACGCACAGACGAAAACGACGACGUAAAUGGCCUUCCCUUCCCAGUUCACUUCUCCCAACGCGUCGUUCGCGUCAAUGGCAUCGCACGACCCAUCAGCCAUGGACGAACCAAAUUCUCCCGGUAGCAGCAACCAAGAGGCUUCAUUUACCGUCUCGCCGGAUUCUUCGAUGCAGGCCAAUGGUGAUGAACAUCACCCACGGGCGGAAGACAGGGAGCGGCAUCCCAAGGGGCGAAGAAAGCGUACAAAUGCCAAGGACAGAGCCGUCCUCGAAGACGCGUACAGCAAAAACUCGAAACCCGACAAGAAUGCGCGUCUCGACAUAGUAAAUCGCGUCUCGCUCAACGAGAAGGAAGUGCAGAUCUGGUUCCAAAACCGCCGUCAGAACGAUCGUAGACGAAGCCGACCCCUAUCCGACCAGGACCUUGCCGCGUAUAGGAAUGGAGGCAUCAAGAUUGUCUCGGCAGAUGGACACACAGGAAUCUCAUUCUCUCAGCACUGCGAACAGGCCGAGCAUGAUGCCGCCCGAUCGCCGGCCCAAACUACUUCCACCACCCCGACGGGUUCCCCGGACCUUGGCCCAUGGAUGCCGGGGAGAUAUCACCAGUUCACUAUGGAGGUCCCCGUCCCCGCAAAGACUCCGUCACACCAUUCGGUGAGCAGACCACCGGCGGACGCGUCACACCACUCGGCCUCGGCCAAGUCAUUUUCCUUUUCGCAAUCAGGAAGCUUUGUCUCGAACCAGAGAUGGUCCACGGGCGCGUCUUUUUCCACCCCCUCGUCGUUUAAACGCCACACCGACGGUGGCGAUGACUCGUUCAGGACCGAUCCCUUCGCACCGUCAUCGUGCUCCUCGGCCGCUUCUGCCCCCAUGCUUCCCCUCCCUCGCACACACUCCCGUUCCGAUUCGCGUUCAAACUCGGCCGUACGCCUGUCAAUGUCGCUUGAUGGCAAGGCCACCCUCGUUUCGCCAUCCCCUGAACGGGCGAGCACUACAUACAAAUAUGACCCGCGGGUAGAGCCGAUUCCUAUUUCCAUCCCAUCGCUAAAACGCUCUAGCCUGAACCGCAGCCAAUCAGUUACAUUACCUCCAAUCUCCGUUCUAACAGGCUCCCUCCCCGGCCCGGGACCACUGGAAGGCGCGUCGCCCCUUCCUCCGCGGCUAACGCGCGGACGCUCCCGUGAUGUCCACGCGUGGGAGUUUGCUGCCGACAACGGUUCGGACCGCGAUGACGAAUUAACACAGCAGGCCAAGGACGAAGCCAGCGGGUCCGCGACUGCAGCCAUCAGCCUUUUGCGCACAACGUCGGCCUCGGCUGGUUCUGUUCGCGCAUCCUCUCCCGUACUUCAACCGAACGGAAGCAAGCGCAACGCCUCCGUGCGCCCACCUCUCGGUCCUAACGGUUCCGGCGGCGCCAUGCAGCCCUUUAAGCGGGCCAGGCUAGGCCGUGCGCAGAGCAGUGUUGCAAGGCUUCAGUCGCCCGUUUCGCAGUUCAGCGUUGGCAGGCUGAUCGAUCACGCCGACUCCCCACACAGGUCCGCUGGCGAGGACAGGGAGGGGGAUGAUGCCUCCGCGGUUAAGAAAAUGGACGUAUCUUCCAUUCUCUCUAUCAACGGCAACGAGUCGGACAAGGAAAACUGGAGCCCCGAAGGCAAGGAUGUUACGACUACCGCCCCAGCCGCCGCCGACCGUAUAAUUCCACCGGUUACGUUUCCUUCAAUGUCGACGUCGAGGAAAGCGCUGCCCGGCGGUGGCUUGUCCAACACGCGUCGUAAUAUUUUUCUCAUGGACGGCCGGCGCAGCCCUCUGAGCAACACGCGCGCUUAUACUGCUCCUGGUGGGGUGCGUGCAGCUCGCCGGGGUCACAAGGCUGGAUCUAGCAUCGAGAUUUUCGAGGACCACGAAGACGACCUGCGUGGCGAAGAGGAGGAGAUGGUCACAACCGAAGGCCGGAGGGCUGGCGGCGGUGGGCGGCGCGACGAUGAGAUCGCCAGGUUUAUGAGUGGCGAGGUUAGUCCUAGCAAAAAGCCGGACUUGGACUGCAUCACAGGCCUGUUGUCCCUGUCAAAGGGCAACUGGCGAUGAGUCUGUUGUGGGUUGACUGGGAAGGAUUUAUGAGUGUAUGAUUGCUCUCAGCGCCCGCCCUUUCUGCUGUCUUGAGUCUGGAUGCCUCGGUGUAAGCUUUUGCGCUCAGUGGGUUGGUUUCGCAUAGCUCCUUCGAUGGCGGGACUGUGGUUAUUAUGGUUGGAGUAGUCGAAAUUUUGCAAAGUAUAGCUGGCGCAUGGCCAUAUGUAUUCUUGGAGUUCUAUGGGAAUGAUGGGAAGGUAGCAGGAUUUUCUGGGACGGAAAAGAGAAUGAAAAAAAAAUCGCAUGAUCUAUAUCUUGGGUUGCCCAAACGACUCUGUUUUAUGUUUUGCGCGUCGUCGGGAUAUACGUUUUUGUUUGGUCAGGCCUGUUACAACCGUCCCAUGUCUUUUUACUUGCCUCCUUGAGCUACCGC